GCUGAGUUAAAUGACCCAACCGAUCCUUUCACUAGGUAUAGUACAAACAUCUCAUCAAAUGUAGGAGAAGAAGUUUUUUCCAAAUAUAUUGGGUGGAGAAUUGCCGACACUCUUUCCAAACUAUUCUUUCCCCCCAUUGAGGCCCGUGUUCUUCCUUUGAAGAAACCAUCAAUAAAAAAGGAUCAAACAAAAUAUCCGAAUAAAAAGCUGGAGUCCAUGAAAAAGAAAGUUCUACAUUUCACUGUAAGGGAACAUCCUUCUGUAUCAGAAAUUCCCAUGUUUCCAUAUCCAGAUUUCUUCACCAGGGCAGAUAAAGAGUUGGCAAAAAUCAUUGACCAUCACUGGCAGGAAGAGCUAAAGAUCCGAGAAAAAGAAGAUGCAAUAUGCAAGGCCCAAGAACUUAAAGAUAAAAAGUUAGCAGAGAAAAAACACUUUGAAGAAGUUAUGAAGAAAAGAGAAGAUAAACUACAUAAACAAACUAAGCCCUAUGAGCUUCCAUAUAGGAAGGAAGUAAUUUAAUUAGAAAAGAAAAUGCCACCUCCCAAAACUGAGGUCUACAUGGCAGAAAUACAUAGCAUGAAAAAUACCAAGAAAGCUACAUAGUAAGAGACCUUCUUGUCAUUAAAUUGAGGUAUUGUUUAGAAAGAACUUGUUAUCCUGAUACAAGCUGUUUAAUAGUUAUUUCUUAGUUCUAAAUUAAUGACCAACUUUUAAUCACACUUGAAUGAAGUGAUUUCACUAGUCAAAAAUUUCCAAGACUACAUAUAGUAUUUUUCUCAAUUAACAUUUAUCUCAUGAUUGUACAGCAUACUUGAUAACUGAUUCGCAGAACAUUGAUGUUCAUCAAACAGUUUGAUGGAAAUUUAUUACAGAUUAAUUAAUGAGUCACCAUACAAGAAUUAUUUCCUGAAAACAGAAUGAGCAUUAGCUAACAAUCCUGUAAUUACUAUUAUUCAAAUAAAAACAUUAUGGCAUCUUACCUGAUUGGCAUUUUAUAAUCAAUUUAUACCAAACCAAACAAACCCUAUUUCAGAGAUUUGAAUACGGAAGGGCUGGUCAUCUUAGACUGAUUGGCUUGAUCUUUAACAGAUGCCAGAGGGGACUCCUGAGAGAUGCUGGUUUUACUGUGUUCUGUGAGUUUAUGAGAAUGAAUUUGUAUGAUCCUGGAAGAUGCAGGAGUAACUGUUGAAAACAUUCGUACAGAUAGGAGUUAUUUUAGAAAUGGAACUUCACUUCACCUGAAGUUCGGAACCUAAGAGUAAGAGUAACAGGGUGGAGUUUUUAUGAUGUCUUACAUUCCUUUCCUGAAAACUGAAAAAUAUAAAUAAUAAUCAUACCUCAGUUUCACACAGGUGACUUGGUGACACUCAAGAGACAGGGACUUUAGCAGGGGUGUCAAACUCAAAUGACUACCAGGUCAGAAAGGAAACAUAAAUUAGUGAAGCCGUCUAAGGAAUACCUAUCCUGUCUAGAGAAAUUUCCCACCACUUGGUUGCAUUCUAAAAUGUAUGUCAGUAUUGUAAAAUCCUCCAGUCUUUCAAGAAGCUUUUAAAUGGGAUUAUUUUUCAAAAUAAAAGUAGCUACGUAA